AUGCACCGAUGUAGUGUUUUUAAAAACUCAUGUGUUCGAGUUCCUGUCGACCCUUGGAGUAAAAUGCCAAAAACUGCUUACGAACGAAACGACAAAGCUCUGAAUGAGCAAUCUAUUGAUUCAUCGACUACCAUUUCUAUGUCUGGCGAUAAUAUUGAUACUAAGAAAUUAAAAGAAUUUUACCAUAGUAUACCGGAUUACAAUGAUAUUAAUCAUUUACCGGCCAAUGAGUUUUAUUCCACACUUAAAUCGUUGCGAGAAAAGAAAAAAAUUAUGUUGGGUAUUGCUAUAGAGAACAUUGACUACGAUAAAGUUUAUGGAACUAUGGUUGCUGACUGUACCACAAUAAAAUCAACAAAAUGUGAUAUUCCAUUAAAGAAAAAUCCAGUUGCGAAUCGCCGUGUCAGUGUUGAAAAUACAGGCGGAGGUUCCGUAAAACACCAAGCGAGAAAAACUAAUGUCAAUUCUUAUACUAUUGAAGUUAAAAGGGAUGAUGGCCCAUCAAAAAAUGAUUUGAUAUUAAAAGGGAGUAACAAAAAAUAUCGUCCUAAAAGAAAUCAAUCAGCUUGCUCAAUUUCAUGGCACGACGAUAAAAUCGAGAACAAGAGUGAAGUUGAUGAAAAAUUUGAUAAAUUUUUUGAUACGGAAGAUACGAAUGCAUUAAUUGACGACGAAUUUAAAACGCAGAGCAUGCCAUCCAGUCCAUUGAGAUCAAAACGUGCCGGAUCCGGAAGCAAACACCGAAACGUAACCAUACCUAAGCCAUUUAAAAUGACUGAAAGGGAUGAAGAGGAACGGAUUGUGAAUGAACUUCGAAGCUUACAAAAAUCAUUUUCGGAAGACAUGUUGAACCGGAAGUUAGAGAAAAAACAGUUUAAGGCACGUCCGGUACCCAUCGAGUCCCGGAUACCAUUAUAUGAUAAGAUUUUAGAAGACCAAGCUAUGAGACGAGCGAUAACUAAAAUUAACAGCGAAGCGGAGCUGAGGGCCCAAAUGAAACCUUUCAGUUUUACAAAAAGGGAAGAAAAUGGAAGCGGUGUCUGUGACAGGGCGGUUCAGGCUAUGCCAAAAUGCAAAAAGAAAAAGAAAUUCAGGGCCCGACCAGUACCAAAGAACUUAUUCUCCAAUUAUUUUUAUGAUAAAAUUAAAGAGGAUAAUUUUUUUCGAUCAAUGAAUCGUCGUAUAAGAGCUGAAGAAAUGUUGCGCAAUGCCAGUUUUCCUAGCAGUAUGGCUCUGCGAGAACGGAGUAGAUUGUCUACUCCAGCUGCCCAUAGUGAUCUACCCAUAGAUCCAUCUCCAGGACCGGGUGUUGCUUCAGUAUCUUCAGGUGAUCUAAGAUCAGCAAGUCCGACAAAAGGACGCCGAAAAUUGACAAAGAACUUCAUCACAACUAGUCCACAACCAUUUCGAUUCAAUACAGCUAGUAGGGCAGAUAAAAAGAUGAAGGAAAUUGAAAGAAUAUAUCGAGACAAAUCGGACAGCACAAGUCAGCAGUGUGUAUCUGAGCCGGCAAAGGCAUAUUCAGCGUUGGAUUUGAAUACUGCAGCAGUUGGUAGAUCUAAUUUAGCAGCGUUAUUGCGAGCUGAGGCUGUACGGAGAAAAUUUGAUAUAGAAGCUGCGCAACGAAUGUCUGAACAACGAAGAAAACAUGAAUCGAAAUACAGGGAUCGGUUGUUGAGGACUAAGCCAGCCUGGCAUCUUGUGAAAAAUAACCACGAAGAGGACAUAGCAAUAAGAUUGCAAACUCGAAGAGAUGAAGAGCGUCUUCGAAGGGAGGAGUUUCUGCAUGAAAUGGAAUUAAUGUAUGGUCGAGUCCGGCAACAGCCCAUGCUUUUUGAGAGGUAUUAUGCCCCCCGACCUCCGAAUACACCAAUUGAUUUCACCCAGCUGUCUCCAAGGAAGAGUCCAAAAAAGAAAAAUCUACGAAAGAAGAGCUCUUGCAGAUCGUCCGAUAUUGAAGAUAAUCUUAUGAAGUAUUUAGAGAAAAUUGAUAAUAAAGUUUUUGAGGGCUCUGAUCGAGUAUAA